CCGGAUCUACUUUAAAGAAUCCUCAAUGUAUCCUGUUUUUCUAUUUGUUUUUUUUUUUAAAUUUGAUUUGCGGAAUCUCUGCAUUGUCCCAAUGACUAAAUAAAAUAAAAAUAAUAAUAAUAAGGAAGUUCUCUUGACCUCGGGAGAAAGAGCAAUGAAGACUUAAAAAAAAACAAAAAACAGUCAUUCUAGGAGAGCAUAUUGUUGUCCAUCCCGCCUUCUUCUCCACUUCCUCCUCAUUUUUGUAGUUUUUACUCGGGUCCUGCUUGCCACGCACACACGCACGCACGCACACACAGGAGAAGAACAUUGGAGAGCAGCUGAGUGUUAUCCGUGGGUGGUUUAUCUCUUUGUUGAACUGCUGGAUAAACAAAAGUGGUCUUUAUCAACAGUUGCCAUGGAAACUACUUCUCUCUUCCUCUCUUCGCUUCUUGUGUGUGUCGCUGCUGUCGCAGACGUCGAUGUUCAGGAUGAACCUGAGAAGGAGGAAAACCCUUUUGUCUAUGACUACGAGAGCCUGAGGAUUUGUGGACUGGCUUUAGCUGUGGUGCUGUUCACGCUGGGAAUUCUGCUUAUUCUCAGUCGACGGUGCCGCUGCAGUAUCAGCCAGAAACCCAGGGCCCCCGGGGAUGAAGAGAAGCAGGAGGAAAAUCUCAUUGUCUCCAAAGCCACAGCAGCUGCCAAAGAGACUCCGGCGGAAAACUGAGGCAGCUCCUCUGCCAUCAGCUCCCACUGCCUUCUGAUCUUAUUUGACAUGAAUCCACUGCAUCAUAGCUAUAACUGUUAGUGGUGACACAACAAGGUAAGGGUAUAAUAAAAUGUGUACAGAAAUCAUAUAUACCCUUAAGACAAAUGUUUAGCGCGUUGUGCUUUGUCGUGGCUGUCCUCAGUGCUCUUGUCUCUUCUUGUGCUUUCAUGUAGAUGUCUCUCACUUUGAUUAUACUGUCAAAUUGUCUACACUGUCUCAGCUUCUGUAAUCGCACCUUGGACACAAGAUGGUCUUUAAGCUAGAAAGUGUGUCUGUGUGGGGUGGUUUUUUACUUCCAGUUACUGCUUCUUAGAGUUUAGCCUUUUUGGUAGCACUUUACAAUCACAAAUGUGCUUAAGGAUGGUUUAUAAAGGAGUUAUAAACAUAUUAUUAAGCCUUAAUAAACUACCAGAUGAUGUUGAAUCACCGUGCUUGUUGUGCAGCAAGCACAACAAGCAAAAUUUUACCAUAGAAUUUUACGGUAAACAGUAAAUUUUACCAUCAAUGCUGAACAAUAGUAAACAUGUCUCUUGGACUUAUUUUAUUUUAAAAAAAAUGUGAAAGCCCGUGCUAUCCCGAUAGGUAGAGCUCCUGCUGAUUGGUUGAUACACCACUUGUCCCCAAGUGGACUGUAAUAUUACUAAAACCUAACAGAAAGCCGAAACAUGCUGUCCCUAUUGGUGGCGCUGUAUCUGCUGGAGCUGCUUGGUCAUCACACCACUAUGCCUUAAUACAAUUGGCAUGUCAAGGUAAAAUUGCUAAUAAAUUAUUGUAUCUGCAUCUUUUUUGGAUGCCCUGCUAUUGCUUGCCACAUGCACUGUAAUGGGCGAGUGGACAGUAAGACCCAAAUGCAGUACGCCGGACUACUGGACAAGUGGGGAAGGAUUUAUAAAUUGUGACAGGUCCACUUUAUUCACAACUGUAAUUCACUGAGAGCAGGAUGGGGAAACACACUUUGUUGCAGUGGUAGCAGAAUUUCAAACAGCCAUAUGGACAGGCAAACAAGCGCAGGCAGAACUCGUCGGGGCGAAAGGCUGGGAGGAUUUGAUGAUACAAUGAUGAGCUUGGGGAGUCUUGCUGGGAUGCAAAUCAAAACAAUGUGACAAUGAGUGAGUCAUAUGUGGAUUACAAUUUGAAAUUUUGGUUCAGACUUGAGCAAGCAUCAUGGAACUUGACAUGCUUGAUUUGCUUUCGCGAGCCACAUAAUAUGAUGUGGCGGCCAGAUCCUGCCCCCGGGCCUUGACUUUGACACCUGUGUUGUUAUUGAAUAAGUGUUAGAAGUCAUUUAUAAUUGUUUAUUAAGGCUUUAUAAUGACUAACUGUCAGCAUGUGUGAAUUCUUCAUAAGUGUCGCGUGUCACUGGAUGUAUUUAUUUAUUUAAUUAUUUAUUUAGAUGUUGUCACUCGUCCUUGAAAAUGUCUGUCGUAAAAAGUAAUAAUUAUAUAUACAGUAUAUAUAGUCUAUACUGUGUAUAUAUAAAUAUUAGUAUUUAAAAGUACAGCUAGCUGUCAGACAACUACAUAGUUGAUAUGUAUGGAAGUGUGCGUCUUGACAAAUGCAUACAUGUGGAUACAUGCAUGUAUGUGUGGAAGUGUGAUGAAGGAGACAAUCGGACCUGCUUACAUCCACUGCAGUAAUUUGACAAGAUUGUGGAAUUUACUGCAUCAGCUCUCUCACUGCCACCCCCUCAUUGUCCCUCCGUUGGUUCUUACAGGAACAUCAAGUCCACUCUCUUUUUCUUUUGUAUUCAUCUAAUACAUUUGUUUGGCCAUUUAAGGUCACUAACCAAAACGAAACAUCCCCUGCGAGACUUUCACUCAUCUGAAGUGUUUUGAAGAGACAAACCCUUUGUCCAUUCGCCGCAUGGGGCCUUGGUGUGUUGCAACAUGUCGUGCUUUUGGCAUAUAAUAUGAAUAAAUCUGUCUGAAGACUC